AUGCCCGAACCGGCCAAAUCUGCUCCUGCCCCUAAAAAGGGCUCUAAAAAAGCCGUGACCAAGACCCAGAAGAAAGGAGACAAGAAGCGGCGCCGCAGCCGCAAGGAGAGUUAUUCCAUCUACGUCUACAAGGUGUUGAAGCAGGUUCACCCGGACACCGGCAUCUCCUCCAAGGCCAUGGGCAUCAUGAAUUCCUUCGUCAACGACAUCUUCGAGCGCAUCGCGGGGGAGGCUUCUCGCCUGGCUCACUACAACAAACGCUCCACCAUCACCUCCCGGGAGAUCCAGACGGCGGUGCGGCUGCUCCUGCCCGGAGAACUGGCCAAACACGCCGUUUCCGAGGGCACCAAGGCGGUCACCAAAUACACCAGCUCCAAAUAA